GUCCUAACAAAUUCAGAUCUAAUUUAGGGAUAUAAUUUAGCAUCUGAAUUUGUUAUGACACAUGCUCCAAGUCCAAUCUUCUCCCGCAAGGAAAUACAGAAGGGACGUCUUUUAAUUUCUUUGAAUUGUUAAUAACUCAGAAGGCUCACCCUAUAAAAAGUCUAGAAGACGAAUGGUUCUUUAUGUUGCUCGAGAAAUUAAAUCGAGGCUUCCAACACCGAAGAUCCUUUCAAUAGACUUCAAAUUAAACCAGUUUUGUUUAUUAGAACAGUUUUUUUAACUACUACAACUUGACCAUUUCCGGCAUUUGUGCAACAGAUUCGUCAAGCAGGUUGCGGUAACCUCCGCCAUGAACAACGUAGACGACCAUGAAAAGACAGAGAAUGCCUCCCUAGAACUGCGGAAUUUAAAGGUAAUUUCUGCCCUCGGCCGCGGAGCUAAAGGAGUGGUGUUUUUGGUUCGGACAGAGGACAUUGAGUUGCUUGCUCUGAAAACUAUUUUGAGAGCUUCAAUUGAGAGGAAGAACAAUGCCAAUAAGAAGAGCGGAUACAAAAGAAUUUGGCUCGAGCGGGACGUGCUCAGUUCUUUUCAGCAUCCGCUUCUGCCUAAACUCAAAGGAGUUUUAUCAACGGAGAAGAUUGUCGGAUAUGCCCUUGAUUACUGUCCUGGUGGUGAUCUCAAUUCUCUACGCAAAAAACAAACUGAAAAGAUGUUCUCCGACGAUACAAUAAGAUUCUACGCGGUGGAGUUAGUGCUAGCAUUGGAGCAUCUGCAUGGAUCAGGGAUUGUAUACAGAGAUUUGAAGCCAGAAAACGUAAUGAUUCAAGAGAACGGUCAUAUAAUGCUAAUCGAUUUCGAUCUCUCUACAAAACUCUCACCUAAAACUCCAGAAACUCGGCAAAUAAAAACAGCCAACCCUCCUAAAUUAUAUGAACAAACCGCUUUAAAGAGCAAAAAGAAGAACUGGUUCUUUCUCUUGAACAAAUGUUGCAAUUCGGAAAUCUCUCCAGAUGAUUCAGUUCACUCAGCUCGGCUCACUCCUUACUCGGAAUUCGACUGCAUCGACAAGUCAAAUUCGUUCGUCGGAACAGAAGAGUAUUUAGCGCCGGAGAUCAUCUUAGGCAACGGCCAUGAUUUCUCGGUUGAUUGGUGGUGUCUAGGAGUUGUACUGUACGAGAUGCUGUACGGAACAACGCCGUUUAGGGGCUCAAAUCGGAAGGAAACAUAUUAUCGAAUACUCUCAAAGGCGCCGGAUUUAAUAGGUGAAGCGACUCCGUUGAGAGACUUGAUAAAGAAGUUACUCGAAAAGGAUCCGAAACAGAGGAUCUCCUUGGAUGAAAUCAAGGGUCACAAUUUUUUCAAAUCUGUAGACUGGGAUUUUGUAGUGCAUCUUCCGAGGCCGCCAUUUAUCCCUGUGCCCUCGGAUAUUGCAGAUCAGGCCGAGAAUAGGGAAAUUGAUAUUGAGUCAUUUGUAGAGGGAGUGUUUGAAGUUGAAGAGGAGGAAGAUGAUGGGCGCUGCAAAAAUAAUUCGCAAGCUAACCAUGGUGAUGAACUGAUGAAAGCUAACCAUGGUGAUGAACUGAUGAAUAUAAAAACAAAGGGGUGUGGGUUGAAGGAAUAUCUUGAUAAUCCUAAUUUUUUUGUCUUCUGACUAAACUUCUUAGUAUAUUCACAUUUGAAGUACAGAGUAAAGCAUCCGCGUAUGUUGCUCAUUUAUACAGUAUUAAAUACGAGUAAUUUUUUCAU